AUGCCUUCCUAUGCGCCUGAAAGCAGCUACGACGCAGCUUCAUCUUCCAGGUAUCUCGAGCACGCUUCGUCGCACUCCAGAUCAUCUAGAUCUGAUCCUCGUCGCCAAGACUUGCAUCGAAGGACAAGGUCGCCAUAUGAGGGACAUCGUCAUGCCAAGCUAGACCGCGAAAGGCAUCGACCUCCUGAGCGCAGGUAUGACGACGAUGAGGACGAUGGACGCCACCAUUCCCAUCAUUCUUCGCGCAGUCAUAGGUAUCCAGAGCAUCCUGACCAUUCUCGUCACUUGGGCUCUGCCGCUUACUCAUCCUCAUCCCGUGAUCGUCGUGAAGAAGCAUACAGUCGCAGAGACAGCGGAGCAUUCGAACGUCACGGCACAUCUACAUAUGGAUCCCCCGAACCCUCAACGAGCAGCAGGCCUCAUAGGUCUCCGGAUUCCAGCCACGGCUGGGAUGCUGAUUCUCGUGGCCGAUGCAGUCCCGGCUGGGACAAAAGAUAUGGCAGCAGCAGGAGGUAUGAAGAAGAACGUGAUGUAAGGCGCUCAUGGGAUCAUGACAGUCCACAUAGGCGGCAUGGCGAAUGGCGCAACGAGCCAAGUCCGGAUCGUCCCACAAGCGCAUACAAAGUCCGCGAGCCUGACAGGUCGAGGCACAGGAGUCAACACGGCAGAGAUCAAAAUCCGCAUGAUCGCAGAGAGUCGAGACGCCAUGCUAGUAGCCGCAGCCGCAGUCGUAGUCGAAGCCGAGAGCGCUUGCCGGCAACACAUCGAUCCUCCCAAUCGUCGAGAUUAGUUCGUGAAGGUCGAUCAGAGCACGUCAACGGGGUCAAGAACGACCACAAGCUGCUCAAACGCAAAGAUGCUUCGGAUGCGCCGACUCAACAGUUGCAUGGCGAACCUCGCCGUGCUAUCAUCGACACCAGAAACCGCUGGGAUGGAGAGGAGGAAGGCGAGCUCAAGCAACCGACUACUACAAGCGUACGCAGCCAUGAUGGCAAACACGACUCCACAAAGACCCUCUCAGACAUCACCGACGACUCUCGCUACCGCCAUGCCAAGGACAGCGUUGCGGAAUCUCACAGGCCAUCGAGGCUUAACGGUCAUGCAGCAGAUCCUUCACCUUCUGAUCGCCCACAUGAGCGCAGCAAAGACAGGUUAGAAUCGCGUUCCCCUUCUACCAGGGCAUCCGCAACAUCAUCACAGCUCGCAUCGAGCGAUGCGUCAACUAAGAUGGCUGCCUCAUCCACCAUUCCAACUGCAUCCGGCCAGCCCAGCACGGCAUCCAAGCUCACCAAGCGAUCUUUCGACCAUGUUCUGCUUCCGCACGAGCUUCCUGUCGAGCUCAGAGGCAAAAACAGCUUAGUCAUAACACCCUACAAAAAGGAGGUCAAAAGCAUCCUCAAGUCAGCCGUGGAGAAGGAUGUGGUCGAUGCUAAGACCAAGGACCCACGCUCCUCUGUCAAAAAGACACAACACUACCGCGACGAGCUUCAUCGAGCCAAAUUCGUAUGGGACGCCGACUCGGUCGGCCAAAAGCCGCCUCCGGCACCACGCAAUCUUGUUUUGACCAACCUGUCAGCUCUCAUGCAGCCGGCCCACGUACUGAUGCAGAUUCGUCCCUUUGGCCGCAUCGAAGACUCGAAGCUCGAAAUGCAUCCCAGGAUUGGCCAAAGUCUAGGCAUAUUCCGGGUGACAUUCGCUCACGACUUUGACGAGCAAGGAAAGGUCCUGGGGAAUAUGCCUUCAGGACAGACGCCGCAACAUGGCGCCAAGGCUGCAAAGGCAGCUCAGGCCUCCUUGAACGGUCGACAGAUGGGCCAGACUCGUGUCAGCACAUUCCUUGAUCGAGAGGGCGAGGUUCUCGCUGAGAAGGUCAAAGAGAAAAUAGCUGCCGACGAGGCCAAAUCUCGUCCACCUGUGCCACCUGCUACUCCAAUAGCUGUGAGUGCAUCCUCCGCCCCUGCCACGCCAGGCGCGACUAAACCUCACAUGCCUCCUCCCAACAUCCCUCGUGGGCCGCGGUCAUCACUUGUUCCUGCACCAUCACCACCCUUUUCCGCUCACUCACCCUCCGCUCGCACCAGCACCAGCACCAGCACCGACCGCCACGACCAGACAUCAUCCUCGUCGGCAUCGAGGUAUUCGCGAUACGGUGCAGAACCCGACGAAACACGAAAGUCGAACUCAGCAAGCGCCUACGAUCAUCGACGUGACUCAAACGAUUACGACUCUAGUCGUAGCAGGCCCUACAGCAGCCGACCAUCUGACUGGAGUGCUCGUCCUUCAUCGCCAUCCAGAGAUGAACCGGCCAAGAAGAGGCGACCGAAAAUUCCAACUGCGGAGAUCAUCGAAACGCUUCGCAAAUCUCAGCUUCCGUAUGCCUUCAUUCCUAAGCCCAAGGCAUGUGACAUUGCCGCCGAGGUGGUCGAGGCCAACAUGAAUGGUCCAAAGCUAAGGUGGCUCAGAGAGGGCGACACUGGAUGGUAUGCUGCCUUCGAGACAGCUCAGGAUGCAAGAACGUGCAGAUUCCUCAAUGAGACGAUCUCGGUUGCGAAUUACACCUUGCAGGUAGAAAUACGCUCUCCGCCUUCCAAAACACCACAUCCAUCGGAGCAACAGAAGCCUGUCUCAAGUGGCGUGGCACCUCCUCAUGGCGUUGUUCGUACAGCCGGCCCCGCUGGCGUACCGCUUCGCAAGGCUUUGGAUGUCGGUCUCCGUCCGCUCACGUUGGAAGAGAAAUCGAAGUUGGAAUGGGCCCCCGUAGACCUUAAAGAAGCCGUGUUCCGCAUGCUGCAGAAAGAGCUGGUCGACGUUUUCGUACGUGACGUCAAGAACAGAGUCGUCGCUCCGCACUUGACUGCGUACCUCAAACCGGACAACGAAGGUGGUCAGAUCCUGGCAAAAGCAGUCGUCAAGAAGCCACCUGUCCUCUCGAAAGCUGUCGACCAUGUACCGAAAGUAUCGAGAGCGGAGGGUGACGCACGCUUGCCAUCUUUCCGCAAGACGGCUUCUGUCAAGUCCAAGAAGAAGUUCUCGGACGCUGACGAUGUGAGCUCAAAGACGAAACCUGACAGGGCGGCAGCGAAGAGGAAUCGAGAUGCAACCGGCAGGUCCAAGUCUCAGCGGGUCAAAGACAUGGCCAGCACUGAUGACGAAAGUGAAGACGAUGGUCGCGAUCUGGCUGCCUCGAAGCGUCACGACAGCCGCUCGAAGUCCAAGUCUGCGGCCAAGAGGCGUGGAGCAGCAGCAUGGCUACUCAGCUCAUCAGACGAAGAGGCCGAGACUGAAGAUGGUGCAACAAUGGUAGAUGACACCUCCAGAUCCGUAUCCGCCUCGGUGGAGCCAGCGUCCGUAGAGCAACAAGAUGAGGAUCUCGGCGCCAAGUCAAAUAAGAAGACCAAGGCCAAACUCGAAGCAGCUACCAAGAAAAAAGGUACCGCUGCGGCUAAGAAGAGUGCAAAGACAGCGCCCAUGCUUGCCGAGCUCGAGCUCGACGCUGUCAUGGACGCGCAACUCGACGACAGCGAAGAGACCGCCUGGCCAGAGACUGAAAUUCCGUCGAAAGCGAUCAAAGCUGCCAAGACCAAGCCAGCGAAAGUGCCCAUCAAGGCAAAACCGCUUCCUGAGGAUCCCUUCGAUGCUGGGCUGGUGGAAGAUGUCGAAGACCUCUACUAUCUCCGCAUGGCUCUUGGCCGUCUGCACAACGGAGAACCGAUCACAGAGGACGUCUGGCCUGACGAGGCAGAGCUGGAAGCCGAGGCGGAGGAGGCUGCGAUUGCAGCAGGAGCUCCACCCAAGCACCAAACAGGUUCAGCAAGGACAGAAGGCAUGUACCGCAUUCCACCCGAGCAUAAAGCAGCGCAUCUUCCUGACCGCAACAAGGCCACCGAAGAAGUCGACAGCAGCAGCAACGCUCAUGUGCUGCAGUCUGCACGAAACAAUCGAGCCGACUCACGACGUCUCGUCCUCGGCAUCGAGCAGCACAAGCGUGAAACAGCCACCGACACGGACAUCUUCAAGUUCAACCAGCUUCGCACACGAAAGAAGCAGCUCAAGUUCGCCAAGUCCCCCAUCCACGACUGGGGUCUGUACGCCAUGGAAUACAUUCCAGCCGGAGAUAUGGUCAUCGAGUACGUCGGUGAGAUGGUUCGACAACAAGUCGCCGACAAUCGAGAAAAGCAGUACGAGCGUCAAGGCAACUUUUCAACCUAUCUGUUCCGUGUCGAUGAUGACUUGGUGGUUGAUGCUACGCACAAGGGCAACAUUGCAAGGUUGAUGAAUCAUUGCUGUACGCCCAAUUGCAACGCUAAGAUUCUGACGGUGAAUGGAGAGAAGAGAAUUGUGCUCUUCGCCAAGAGUCCCAUCAAGGCAGGAGAGGAGUUGACUUACGACUACAAGUUCCAGUCUUCGGCCGAUGACGAAGAUGCGAUUCCUUGUCUGUGUGGUUCUGAUGGAUGUAGACGUUAUUUGUAA